AUGAACGCUUCUAAUCAGGAAGCUGGGCAAGGCCAGAAGAGAAUCCCUACAAUCCAAGAGAUGGAAAGUUGGAACGAUGAGCAAUUGCUCGAAUGGAUACGGCAAACACAACCACACAUUUUCCGCCAUAACGAGGACAUUGUGACAUUCAAAGCGGCAAAAAUCAGUGGCUUCGCCUUCUCGAAGUAUGCUGAGGAUCUAGAUUUUUUCAGAGAAAUUCAUUUGCCCCUGGGGGUCUAUAAGGCUCUUGCGGCUCUUGCGAGUGAAUUCAGCAAACAGAACAAUCAACCGAACAAGACGGCGGGCCAAAAGAGGAAAGAGAAUGAAACAGAUUCAUCUACAGAGCCGCCCAUUUCACCAAAAAGACGUCAAAAAUAUGAAGAUGAAGACGAACUGAUCCAAUUAGCCACUGAAGCGAAUAAGCGAAGAAAGGCCAUCAAGAAUAUGAUUACUCAAAUGAACGACGCUCCCGACCAGCAUUCUGAUUCCGUCAAUUCUCUUCCUGGAGCUGUCGAUAAACUUUCCGACCCCACAUUAAAUCACAUACUCGACUUCCCAUUUAUCGAUACUAUACCAGAACGAUUUAAAGAGCCCGAUAUAGCUGAAGGAAAGUGGCUAUAUAUGGGGAGAACGAUGUUCAAAGACUUCCUCCACGAGGUAAAGAAAGUGCGAGAGGAACGGUUUUACCGAAGAUGCUGGCUCUAUGGAACCCAGGGCUUUGGGAAGUCUCACCUUCUAGCCGCCCUCGUCUGCUACUUUGUUGCUCAAGAUGAACGAGUCGUCUAUCUACCGGAUUGUCGAAGCCUGCUCGAUGACCCUGUUUCUUACGUCGUGGCAGCAAUGCUGUUCGCCUGGGCCGACGAUUUCACUACCCAGAAGAAGAUUAUGGCCCUAAACACCGAAGACCAGAUUCGGAAAUUCUUCAAGUCCCAAAAGAAUAAGAACGUCGUAUUUGUCGUUGAUCAAAUAAAUGCUUUGAUGAGUGAUAGCAUUCGAAAUAGGGAGAUGGCCCUGACGCUACAUGACUGGGUGAUCGGUUUCACUUCUUCCCAUAAAGCAAUCCUCAGUUCUUCUGCAAAUUGUACGAACGACCUGAAAGUGUUUAACUGUCAGAACUCGGACUGGGUGGUACCCGCCUACGGCGGUUUCACUAAGACGGAAAUGGAGCAGUGGUGGAAGCAGCAUGAAGGUAUUGAUAAGAGAGGGUAUUCCGAGAACGAUGUUGAAGACUUUACCGGCUGCAUCCCGCUGCUCUUGAAGCAAUGCGUGAAGGAUGGAAAGAUUAAUUUGACAACCACCGAAUUGCGCCAAAUCUAUGGCAAUUCAGUGGGUUUUACGCAGCUAGUUAAGUCUACUGCUACGGAUACUAAUUGGGAGUGGUAUUGCGACUACGUGAAAGCUUGCGUCCGUAACGAGCCUGUACCAGAUGAAUGGAGGCAAUUCCUCGAACUCAUCGACCAUCGGUACUUUUAUCGCGAUGAGGACGACAUUGGACGGUAUACCUGUGGUUUAGUUCGUGACGCGGUAACAAAUAAGCUUCUCGAGUUGGAUGUUACUUUUAUCGACAUCAACUUUCUGAAUUCAUUGCCCCACUUUAUCCACAAUCGAUCUGUCGUCGGGUUUAUGAUGGAAUACGCCAUCCUCGCAUCCAUCCGGUCGCAAGGUUUAAGGGUUGGUGAGUGGGGUAGUAAAGGUAUGGAGUUAAGCUUCUUUCAGACUCAACCCGUUAUUCAGUCCGAUAUCCGCGAUUAUCCGGUACUUUAUCGCCCUCGACAGACCAAUUACAAGACGAUAGAUGGAAUGAUUGUCUUUAUUAAGGACCCCAAAAGAACCGCGAAAAGAAAAAGACCGAUAUUACUUCUCUUUCCCCUCCAGAUUACAGUGGCCAAAACCCACUCGAAUUCUUAUCGGGGAUUCUUGGAUGAAUACCGUCAGUGGGCCGAGCAACAACUAUCGACGUUCGACAUUAAAUUAGAAUUCCUCUGGAUCACCCCAAAGAAGCGCGACGUCAUAUCACACCCACCCGAUUCACCGUGGCCUAGACAUCAAGAGCGUUAUAUUCCUUUCUCGGAGGUUAGCACAGACAUCUGGAUUAAGUACCGAAGAGCAGAGAAAUCCAAAAAGAAAGAAGGCCGUGAAAGGGGGGGAGACAAUAAAAAGAAAGCCGAAGAAGAAGCGAAUGAAGAAGAAUCGAAUGAAGAAGAAGCGGAUGAAGAAGUGGAUAAAGAAGAAUCGAAUGAAGAAGAAGCGGAAGAGGAAGCGGAAGAGGAAGAAGUCGAAGAAGACCAAAGAAGUGGACGCAUAACACGGUCUAAAGCAAAGCGAUCGAGGGCAAAGCGAUCUCGAGCGCGCUAA